AUGAACAACGAUGACAAGGGUUUGCUGUGGAAGCUUCCGGUGGUGAGGUCCAGCAGUUUCGGAAAAAUGGGCCCCGGAUUCGGCUUUGGUGCAGGCUGUGGCGUUGGAUUCGGCGUUGGUCUUCUCGGAGGAGUUGGUUUUGGUCCUGGAAUUCCUGGCAUGCAAGUUGGUUUCGGAUUUGGUGCUGGAUGUGGUGUUGGUUUAGGAUUUGGUUAUGGCAUUGGGAAGGGAAUUGCACAAGAUGAGUAUAGAAGGUACUCUAAUGUCGGAAAUCCUUUUCGUAGUUCUGGAAAUCCUUUUCAUGGUGCUAGAAGCGUUAUUUCUGAAGAUGACAUUACUGCACUUGUGGAUGACAUUGUCAUAAAUACUAAAAAGCUUAUCAAGGCAACAUCAAGAGAAAUUGACAAGUGGAGAAGAUGA